AUGCAAGACGAACAAGCAGUCAGGAGGAUUUUUGAAACUGUGGACAGGAACAGAGACGGAAGUAUUGAUCACAUGGAGCUACAGUCGGCACUAUCAAAUGGUAUAGGUACACCGUUCAACACUAGGACUGUUCAGCUGAUGAUUUCAAUGUUUGACCAAGACAGAAAUGGAACCAUUGAUUUAAGAGAGUUCGCCUAUUUAUUCAAAUAUGUUCAGGAUUGGCAACGGUGUUUUCGUCAAUAUGAUCAGGAUAGAUCUGGAUUACUCGAUGCUAGAGAGUUCCAAAGUGCAUUGUCCUGUUUUGGUUACCGACUCUCUCCUUGUUUUAUAAAAAUGAUGAUCGGUCGUUUCGACCGUAAUAAACAAGGACAGAUCGCCUUCGAUGACUUUAUUUUUGCUUGUGUAUGUCUCCAAAUUCUCACAAACUCUUUUAGACGAUAUGAUAUAAAUCGUAAUGGAUAUGCACAAUUCAGUUUUGAAGAAUUUUUAUCUUCUGCUAUGUCUAUAAUUAUUUGA